AUGUCUGAGCUUCCUAUUCAAAGACAAGGAUUCCCACAGAAAAAAAGUGUAUCGACAGCCAAUUUAAUAAACAGAGAUGUAUAUGCUAAAAAUGUACCAAUGCAGCAAUCGCACUCAUUGAUGAGUAGUGCAAAUAAUAUGUCAAGUACAUCACUCUCAUCAUCUUGCCACUCGCGACCUCAAACUCGUAUGUCUUUAGGACAUCAACAACUUCAUAAUCAAAUAAACCUUUCAACUUUAUCGCUAAACGACCUUCAUAAUGUUCCUGUUAUUAAUCCUGGUACGUUUUAUUCUUCAAUGACUCCAAACUCGUCUAAUAUUUCGCUAUCUACCUUGGGCGAAGUUUCACCAUCACAAACAGAUCUUAAUGAAAACAAUGAUAUAAGGGGUUCCCAAUUUUUUCUGAAUAAAACAGCUACAUUAUCUAAUCUAAAUGUAUCCUCAAAUCGUGUCAAUUUGCUUAACCAGUUGAAACCUGACAUUCUAGGUCUUACCCAAUCCCCGCCUGCUAUAGAAUUACCUUAUGGAGAUACGACUUUUAAUUAUGACUCAACAAUACCUUUAUCGGAGUACAUGAGAUGUACGCUUUCAGCUGUCCCAACCAAGGCCUCUAUUUUGAAACAGAGUAAUAUACCAUUUGCAUUAGUCUUAAAACCAUACACUAGUCUUUACGAUAACAAGAAUCCUGUGCCCCUUUGUAAUGAUGGUUUAGUUAUAAAUUGUAAGAGAUGUGGUUCAUAUAUCAAUCCAUAUGUGAAAUUUACGCCACAGUCAAACCAAUGGAGGUGCAAUUUCUGUAAAUUGGCAAACGAUCUGCCUAUUUUAUACAAUAGUGACGAUAUCAAAAAUGAAUCAGACAAUGUGAAUCACAACACAAUUUAUAAAAAUAGAACGGAGAUAAAAUAUUCAAUAGUUGAAUAUGACUUAGAGAAACGUACAGACGUUGAAGAAACUAAGAUAAACUUAAAUCUCUUAUUUAUUAUUGACGUUUCCUAUAAUUCUAUAAAAAGUGGGAUGUUAAAAAAAUCGUUAGAGACAAUAAAACAAACACUAGAUAGAAUACCCAAUUAUGAUAAUGGGACUACAAUUUCAUUCAUUUGCGUAAAUAACCAUUUGCAUUUCUUUUCUAUACUGAGUGACGAAGUCGUAGAUAAACGAAAUUCAAAAUCAAGCUUUUCGAUGUAUGACGUGUUUGAUAUCGAUGAAGCAUUUCUCCCGGUACCCGAAGAACAACUACGAGCACCAAUUCAUGGCUAUAAAAAGAGUAUCUCCACACUCCUUGAAAGUUUGGAAAAAAUAUUUACGGUGUCUCAAUCUGCCCAAUUUGCGUUAGGCCCGGCAUUAGAAACUGCUUAUCUCUUAAUGCAAAGAACUGGGGGUAAAAUCAUUAUACUUGGAUCAACUUUACCGAAUAUUGGUUGUGGUAAAUUGAAGGUCAGACGCAAUCAAAAUAAUAGAGCUAAUGAAACUGACACAAAAUUGAGAAUAUUAAGACCACAGACAACAAUGGAUUGCCAAGACAUAUUCUAUAAGAAUUUUGCAAUGAAAUGCGUGGAAGUAGGUGUUUCCAUUGAUCAAUUUUACUCAUCUGAUGGUAACUAUCUGGAUAUAGCUACAUUAUCCAACCUAACAAAAAUAACCUCAGGGCAGACACAUUAUUAUACAAAUAUUAAACUUCAAGAUGAUAAAUUUGAUGAUGUAAGAUUUUCCAUUGAAUUAUAUAGCACACUUACAAUGGAUCUAUCACUAGAUGUAUUGAUGGAAGUAAAAGCAUCGCAUGGUAUGAAGGUACAAACUCCCUAUGGUAAUAUAUUUGAAAGAUCUCCUGGGGUAUACUACAGUCCAAUAAUGGCAAGAGACCAAUCUUACGCAUUUGAUAUAACUUUGGAUAACGAUUAUGUAAGCGACAUGGCGUUCUUUCAAGUGUCAAUCCUUUCAACUCAAACCAAUGGUGAAAGAAGACUACGUGUCAUGACUUUGCCAUUACCUACUACCAGCUCCAUAAGGGAAUUGUAUAAUAAAAUUGAUCAAAAGGUAGUAUUCUUUUAUUUUAGCCGUAUUGCUGUAAGUCAGAUGUAUAGCAAUCCUGCAACAUCUGUACGGAAUACGUUGAGUGAAUCGUUUAAAAAAUUGAUAUCAUCAUAUUCACAUCAUGUUAUUAAUAUUCAUAAAAGCAAAGAAUUUCAGGAUACCUUCCAAUUGCCAAGGGCUAUACAGUUAUUACCAAUGUUGGUUCUCGCACUUGAAAAAUGUACCGGAUUUCGAGAUCAAUGUUCAGACGAUGAUCGUAGAGCUGACUUUCUCAAUAUAAUGAAUACUGCAUAUCUUCCUAAUUUAAUUCAAAUGGUAUAUCCGACAGUGUAUCCUAUUCACGAAAUGGAGUUCAAUCAAGGCAUCUCUAAACCAAUCAAUAAUAGCAUAUUGAAUUGUUCUACUGAAGGUAUAUACCUACUAGACAAUUCUAUUGAUUUAAUCUUGUGGAUAGGUUCCAGUGUUAAAUCGGAAUUACUAACGGGUUUAUUUGCCGUAGAUAGCCCAGAGGAUAUAGUUGAGGGUCUUACAGAAAUACCAGAGAUUUCCAACUCACCUAUAAAUCACAAAACCAGAGAUCUUAUAGAAAAGAUUAGAGAAAAAUCUCAAGAUACUUUAAUCAAAUACCAAUCGCUAUACAUUUUUGUUGGAGAUAUUGAUGACAGAUAUCAUAUUAUACCAUUAUCAAAAACUACAGAUAUAUUUCAAGAUAUUGUUGAUUGUAUCACUAAUUGCAUGGUCGAAGACCCAAUCUUAAACACCGAGUCGUACGCAAAAUAUUUGGAAUCAUUGCAUUCCGUUGUUAUAAAAUAA